AAUUCCAUGCUAUCCCCAACCAGUUCGAACGUAACACGCGUUCGUAGUAAUCGUCGUGGGGUUAUGUCGAGUUUAAAUUAAGUAACAGCUGCGCGUUUAGUGUUAUCUUUACGUGUUUCAUGUUAAUUUGAAAAAAAGUCGAUCAGGCCACACGAUGCUUAGAGUGCGGAGCAAUGCGAAUAUUGAGGGAUAUACGGAGUACGAGGAGGACAUUUUAUUUGAUGACGACGAUCCGGACUUUGACCAUCAUACUCCCUCUAUUCCAAUUUUUUGCAAAGGGAAUAGCAAUCUAGUCUUCGAGUCCAGUUCCUUUACGUUAACUGAGCAAGUGUCUAACAUGUCACUGGUAGGAGUCCACCCUCGAGGAUACCACUCCAACUCUGGUUCCUUAUCGUCAUUCAGCUACAGUCUGGAUGAUAUCACCACCUGUUGCAGCCCCCAGUUUAAUUCGGAGCAUGUUCUAACAAUCGAAGAGCUGCGAUUACAAAUGAGCAGUUGCUUCACCUGCGGAGUAUCCUGGGUCGAAGACCACGUCUCGCUCGAUUGCUCAGAAUGCGGCGGAUACGCAAUGGAGAGGCCAUGUCCAAAGUGUGACGGUACCUGCGGUUCACUGUGGAAGCGCGACCUUACUAAGACCCAUUCCAGUAGCAAAGCGCAAUGGGAGGGUGAAUGCAAACGCGCCGCGACGAAACCACAACCACCCAAAAGCUUCGUUUCGAGUACCGCCGCCACCCACGAAGUAUGUGCAAAAUUAGAAAAAUUGGCGGCUCACUCUUGACGCCAUGCUAGCGUGUAGCUAUUUAAUUUUAAGUCUUAGCUAAGGAUUACAACAGGGUUUACUGAUUUUUCCAUAAUUAAUUUUGUUUUAAAAAAUUACGUAAAAGAUUCAGUAAGCCUUCACUUUGCUGCGACACAAAGUUCCUUUUUAAUUAUGUAUUUAUUUACUUAACUUUUUUGUACUUUGACUGUAUAUACUUGAGCCAAUUAAUUUAAAAGGAGCUUUUUGUGUUUAAAAUCUCAAAAGGCUGUAUUGCUACUGUUUUUCACCCCUUCACAUUGUCCUAAACUCUUUGUGAUAAGAUUGAAAAGAGUGUAGCGUAUUAUUUUCUUCAUUACUUAAUAUUAUUAUUAUCGAUGACGUUAAUUUCAUAAUUUUCGUGAAGUUUAGAUACACUUAAGUAGUAAUUUAUAUUACUAAUGUAAACAUUUUCACUUUGUAUUAUGAAAUAAAAAAUUUACGCAAACAA